ACCCUUAUCUGUUGCAUGGGUUUGACUUUCUGUGAUCUUCUCCUAUCCAUGUUAAACUAUCUCUAUGAGUAUAGACAUGGUUGGUCUAAUCAAAAGAUUGUUGCCCAGUUAGAUUUUGCAUUCAGAACAUUCACUUGGUUUGUGAUCUCUGCUUACUUGCACAUCCAAUUUUCUCAUUCAAGUGAACGCAAGUUCCCCAUUUUACUAAGGGUGUGGUGGGUCUUCUACUUCCUAAUGUCUUGUUCCAAUAUUGCUAUACAUCUUGGUUUGUAUUGGAAACAUUCUUCUUUACCAUUCCUUCUAUGGGUCUCUGAUGCUGAAUCCUUUAUUAUUGGUUUGUUCUUUUGCUAUGUUGGGUUGUUUGGCAAGAGACAAGAAGAUAAAGAUUUCAAUCUUUUGGAUCCUCUUUUGAAAGUUAAUUUCAAUCAAAACAGUGGUGAUGGAGAACAAGUAUCAAGUGUCAAUGGAGAGAGUGUAACUUCUUACGCAAAUGCCAAUCUUUUUAGUAUUUUUACUUUCACUUGGAUGGACCCUUUGCUUGCACUUGGGUAUAAAAAAACAUUGGACCUGGAUGAUCUUCCUCAACUUGCUAAUUGUGAUCGUGCCAAUGUGAUUCUUACUUAUUUUAAAAAUAAACUUGAAUCUAAUGGCAAUGGCAAUGGUAGUAGUGGUCAAGUAAGCACACUCAAGCUAGUGAAAGCAUUGAUUCUCACAACGUGGAAAGAAAUUCUAUGCACAGCUCUAUUCUCCAUCGCACGCACAAUGGCUGCUUAUGUUGGACCGUACCUUAUUGACGCAUUUGUUCAAUAUCUCAAUAACCCUAACCAACUAAAAUAUAAAGGAUAUGAGCUAGUAUUUGUUUUCUUUCUUUCAAAGCUCAUAAUGAACCUAUCAGAGAGGCACUUGUUCUUUCAAUUGCGAAAGAUGGCAAUUAAGGUGCGUGCUGCCUUGUUAUCAAUAAUAUAUAAGAAGGGUCUCAAGCUUUCAAGCCAAUCAAAGCAGGGCCACACUAGUGGGGAGAAUAUUAAUUUAUUGAGUGUUGAUGUUGAAAGGAUCAGCUUUUUCAGUUGGUACUUGCAUGAUAUAUGGAUGGUGCCUAGUCAGAUAGUUCUAGCAUUGUUGAUCUUGUACAAGAGCCUGGGGCUUGCUUCACUUGUAGCUUUUGUUGCCACAACGAUUUUGAUGUUAGCAAAUAUUCCAUUGGGAAAACUACAAAAGAAAUUUCAGGGGGAAUUGAUGGAUUCAAAAGAUCGAAGGAUGAAGGUGACAUCUGAGGCUCUGAGGAAUAUGAGGAUUCUCAAGCUCCAAGGCUGGGAGAUGAAGUUCUUGGCUAAGAUAAUUGAGCUUAGAAACUUGGAAACAAGAUGGUUAAAAAAGUUACUUUAUUCAUCAGCUAUGAUUUCAUUUGUCUACUUAUCUGCUCCCAUGUAUGUAUCUCUGGUUACUUUUGGGUUCUGUAUGUUUGUGGGAAUUCCACUAGAGUCGGGGAAGAUUCUAUCUGCACUUGCAACAUUUAUUCUAUUGAAAGGGCCCAUUUAUAAUCUCCCAGACACAAUUUCUAUGGUAGUUCAAACUAAAAUUUCCCUCGACAGGAUAAUCUCAUUCUUAUGUCUCAAUGAACUUGAUCCGAAUGCAGUACAAAAGCUUCCAAGAGAUGGUGUUGAGGUUGCAGUUCAGAUAGUCAAGGGAAAUUUCUCUUGGGACCUUCAUUCCCCUAAUUUCACACUAAAGGAUCUUAAUUUCCGAGUGUCCCAUGGUAUGAGAGUGGCUGUUUGUGGUGCUAUUGGGUCAGGCAAGUCAAGCUUGCUUUCAUGCAUAUUAGGGGAAAUGCCGAAGGUAUCAGGAGCAAUUAAAUUGAAUGGGACGACAGCCUAUGUUGCACAAUCACCUUGGAUACAGAGUGUAAAGAUAGUCGACAAUAUAUUAUUUGGUAAGGAUAUGGACAAGGAAAGAUACGAUAUGAUCCUUGAAGCAUGUUCAUUGAAGAGGGACCUAGAAUUGUUUGCUUUUGGGGACCAAACUAUCAUAGGCGAGAGGGGACUCAACCUGAGUGGUGGGCAAAAGCAAAGAAUCCAGUUGGCACGUGCACUAUACCAUGAUGCUGAUGUUUAUCUGCUUGAUGACCCUUUUAGUGCUGUGGAUGCUCACACAGGAGCUCAUCUAUUUAAGGAGUGUUUGCUGAGAAUUUUGGGUUCAAAAACAGUAAUUUAUGUUACUCAUCAAGUAGAAUUUUUACGUUUUGCUGAUCUUAUCAUGGUUAUGAGUGAUGGAAAGAUUACUCAAGUAGGAAAGUAUGAAGAAAUUCUUAGUUCAGGAACUGACUUUAUGGAAUUAGUGGGUGCACAUAAGAAAGCUUUGGCAAACCUUAAUUUUAUUGAACAUGUGGAUGGUUCGGAUAAUUUAAGUAGUGGUGAGGAAGAUGGUAAUAUGUUGCAUAACGAGAAGUCAACUAAAGAAGAUGAAGAAAAAGAACCCAAAAACUGCAAAACAGAAAAACUGGUUGGCCUAGAAGGGCAGCUUAUCCAAGAAGAAAAUAGAGAAAAGGGUGAAGUCAAUAUUUCAGUCUACUGGAAGUAUAUUAUGGCUGCAUACAAAGGUGCUUUUGUACCAUUCAUAUUAUUGGCACAAAUUCUUUGUCAGCUUCUCGUAAUAGCUAGUAAUUACUGGAUGGUGUUGGCUACUCCCAUUUCAAAGGAUGUGAAACCUCCUGUUAGAGGAUCCACUCUAAUAUUUGUUUAUUUUUCUUUAAUCCUUGGAAGCUCUCUUUGUGUACUUACAAGGUCCAUGCUCAUUGUAACUGCUGGAUAUAAGACAGCCACUUUGUUCUUCAACAAAAUGCAUUUGUGCAUUUUCCGUGCUCCUCUAUCAUUUUUUGAUUCUACUCCGAGUGGAAGAAUUUUAAAUCGGGUAUCUAUAGAUCAAAGUGCAGUUGAUACUUCUAUUCCACAUCAAAUUGAAGAAUUUCUUAUCUCAAUCAUAUUAUUCAUAGGAACUGCUGCAGUAGUAUCACAAGUUGCAUGGCAAAUGUUAAUAGUUUUUAUUCCGAUGAUGAUGGCAUGCAUCUGGUUCCAGCAUUACUAUAAAUCAACGGCACGGGAAUUAUCACGGUUGGCCGAGGUAUGUCGGGCUCCAAUUAUACAACAUUUUUCUGAAUCUAGUUUAGGUUCAACCACAAUCAGGUGCUUUGAUCAAGUACAAAGGUUUAUGGACACAAACCUCAAAUUGGUGGAUGGGUUUUCUCGACCCAAAUUUUAUUUCUCUGGUGCAAUGGAGUGGUUAUGCUUCCGUAUGGAUAUGUUGGCAUCCAUCACAUAUGCCAUUUCUUUAGUUUUCUUGAUCUCAAUGCCGAACGAAAUACUCAGUCCUGGUGGUGUGGGUUUAGCAGUCACAUAUGGACUUAGUUUCAAUUUGCAAGGAGUUGUAUGGGAUCUUAACAGACUUGAGAAUUGGAUCAUAUCUGUUGAAAGAAUAUUGCAGUAUGCAUGCAUCCCUAGUGAACCCCCUAUGCUGGUAGAAGGAAAUAGGCCAGAUCGUGAAUGGCCAUCAAAAGGGAAAGUUGAUAUUGUUGGUUUACAGGUCCGGUAUGCCCCACACCUUCCUCUUAUAUUGCGAGAUAUAACAUGCACAUUCCCUGGAGGGAUGAAAAUUGGCAUCGUUGGAAGAACGGGAAGUGGUAAAUCAACUCUCGUACAGGCUCUCUUCCGCAUGCUUGAACCUGUAGUCGGUAAAAUUACGAUAGAUGGUAUCAACAUCUCUAGUAUUGGUCUUCAUGACUUACGGUCAAGAUUGAGCAUCAUCCCACAAGACCCGGCAAUGUUUGAGGGGACUCUAAGAAGUAAUCUUGACCCACUUGAAGAGUACACGGACGAACAUAUUUGGGAGGUUUUAGACAGAUGCCAACUUGGUGAUAAAGUUAGAAAGGAAGGAAAGCUUGAUUCUCUAGUUACUGAGAAUGGAGAGAAUUGGAGCAUGGGACAAAGGCAACUAAUCUGUUUAGGGAGGGUACUACUCAAGAAGAGUAAAGUGUUAGUACUCGAUGAAGCUACUGCAUCAAUGGAUACUGCAACUGACUAUCUCAUUCAACAAACACUUAGGCAACACUUCUCAGGGUCUAUUGUCAUCACAAUCGCACAUAGGAUAACAUCGAUUCUUGAUAUUGAUAUGGUUCUCCUUCUUGAUAAUGGUCUUAUACUGGAAUAUGAUUCCCCAGCCAAAUUGCUAGAGAUCAAAUCUUCAUCAUUUGCAAAGCUUGUUAGGGAGUAUACUCGAAGAUGUAGUUCCUAGGUUUUAAAAUGCUAAA